AUGGAAAUACUCAGAGAACAACAAGGGUACAUUGUUAGUCAAAGAAAAUUUACCUUGGAGAUACUGGCUGAGUUUGAUUGUAAAGGGCCUACUGUCUCAUCUCCUCUUGAUCCAUACUCCAAAUUGCACGCUGAAUUAGAACCACCCAUAAAGGAUCCCACUCUUUAUCGACGAUUGGUGGGUAAACUUAACUAUCUCACCAAUACUCGGCCAGAUAUUUGUUUUGUUGUUCUUUGCCUCAGUGAAUUUAUGCAAAGGCCUUCUCUUUCACAUUUUUCUGCUGGGCUCAGAGUACUUCGAUAUCUUCGAUCAGACUCAGGUCAAGGUAUCCUUCUCUCUUCUGCUCCCUCUUUUGAUCUCGUCGCUUUUUGCGAUGCUGACUGGGCUGCUUAUAAAGAUUCUCGUCGCUCCGUCAGUGGUUUUUUUAUUACUCUGGGAGGUGCCUCCAUUUCGUGGAAAUCGAAGAAGCAGAUCUCCAUCUCUUUGUCAUCCGCUAAAUUUGAGUAUCGAUCCAUGAGACAGGUGACUGCUGAAAUCACUUGGCUUGUUCGAUUUCUUGCCGAUUUAUCUGCUCCUCCAACUUUGCUGGUGUUCCUUUGCACUCUGACAGUCAUGCGGCGAUUCAUAUCGCCCGCAAUCCCGUCUUCCACGAACGAGAUAAACAUGUAG